CUAGUAAUGGAAUAAUAAAUAACAGAGACAGCCAAUAAUUAUAAUACUAUUAUAAAUGAAGUCAUUACUAAAUUAAAGAGAAACUCUGAUAAAGGUUAAUUACAAAUGAGUGAAUCUGAAAUCUUUAUCUUUCAGGAUGUAUCAAUCCUUUUUUAGUUCUAAAGCUUUGGCAAAACUAUUUAAAAGCAAUAUAAGAAGGCAGAGAAAUUAAAUGUAAAACUGAAAUCUAGAACUAACCAAAAAUAACUUAAAUAGAUACUUAUUAAUCAGAACCUGCUAUUGUAAAAAAAGUGCUUGUUGUUAAAAAAGUAAUUUCUUAUAUUUUCAUAAAAGGAAGAGGCAGAUGUUAGUUUUGAUGAAGAUUCAGAUGAAGUUAUUGCUUAAAAUCAUUAAUAAAUUGAUAAUUAUGAAGUAAUGUUUGUUAUUGUUAAUUAGAAAAUAAAAGAAUUUGAAAAGAAUAGAUCUGAAAGUAUGAGAGAGAAAACUCUCUUUGAUAAAAUUAGAGAAUUAGUCUAACUGAAAAAUUAUGUUAAAUAAGAAGAAUAAGAUGAUGAUGAUACUGAAGAACCUAAAAUAUUUGAUACUUAAAUAUAUGCUUAAAAAAUUAAUACUGAUACUAUUGUAAGUAGAAUCAGAGUAAUUUUUCAUUCUUAUUUUAGCCUAAUAAAUAGUAAAAGGCUAGUUUAGAAAAUGUACUAAUCAAAGAAAAAAAUAAUAAAGAUGCACUCUAUCCAUAAGCAUAAUUGUAAUUUAAUUUUCAAACUAAUAAAAAAAAAAACUAAUAAUGAUCGAAUUGUAUUUAUCAUUAUAUAAAUUUUAGUUAC